AUGCCUGUUCUUGUCGAGUUCGAGCCAGCUGAGCUCCUCUCCGGGGAGGAUAAUCGCCUUAAACGCCAGGCUCACUCUGACGAUUCAACGCCCUACAACAGCCAGGGUGCCCACCAGAGCGAUCUGGACCCUAGACGGCAUAUCACCUUCAUGGCCUGGAACGAGAAAGGCGAAUGCUUUGGACCGUUCCACGAGAAUUUCUCAUAUCAGCAAGAACAGCAAUUCAUCGCAAUGAUUGCCGACCGUCCUGCUCUGUCCUCAUCAGCCUCGUCGUCGUCCAGGUCCUCCAGCACGUCUUCGGGUACUGGAUCUUUCAUUGCCAGGGGAGUAGGCUCGAAUCCGCCCGCCAAUGAGGAUGACGGCGAGUCUUUUCAACUUGUGACUCGCAAGCGGCGCAAGUCUAGCAAUUCGGCUGGGAAGGGUCAGCUUAUUGGAAAUUCUCGUUUCUAG